GGCUCUGGGUGCUUUGUGAUUCUGUGUGCGCUCAUGGUUCAGACGGACUGGACCCUCCGGUGGUGAAGCGUCCUCUCAGCGGCGGAUAGGAUGGGUCUCCUCUCUGUGAGUGUUGGACCCUUUCGGAACCGGACGGUCCGGACGUGGAGUCGAGACUUAUCCACGAUUUCUGCUGCUUUUCUCAGCUGCGGGGCUCCAAAGUCGAGGAUGGCACUCAUCCAAAGGAGAUGUGGAGGAUUCCGUCAUCACAGUUUUCCACUGACUCGGUUACUCAGCUCAAACAAACCACCAAAAGGUUUCGAAAAGUUUUUCCCAAAGAGUGAAGAAAGCACUGGCGUCAACAAAUCACUGGAAGAUGAGAAUGCCAAAAAGCAAGAGUCUCUUGGAAGGGAAGAGGGGAACACAAGUGAUGAUGGGGAGGAACGAGGAGGGAAAAAGGAGGAAUCACACUGGUGGACACGCUUUCAGGAGGAUUUUCCCCUGGACAAAAAUGCAGUUUGGAAUAUUGGAGUCUGUGCAGCAGGCAUGGCCUCAGCUGUUCUCUACUUUAACUUCAGAGAAAAGGGGGUCCAGAUCUCCUGGAAGGACUUUGUGCAUCACUACUUAAGCAGAGGCUUGGUGAGUCACCUGGAGGUUGUCAACAAGCAGUACGUCAAAGUAUUUCCUGCACACGGAGUAAACACAUCAGAAGCGAACUACUUGUGGUUCAACAUUGGCAGUGUGGACUCAUUUGAGCAUAACCUGGACAUUGCUCAGCAGGAAAUUGGUUGGGAUCCCACGCACAAAAUCCCUGUUCUCUACAGCAGCGAAAGCGACGGGACACUCAUUUACAGUGUUCUCCCAACGCUACUACUGGUUGGCUUUUUAAUUUUCGCCUCACGGCAGGGACCAAUGGCAGGAGGCCGUGGUAGUAGGGGAAGAGGAAACCCCUUCAGCAUGAGUAAAUCCAAAGCCAAGAUAGUUAAAGACAACAUCAGCGUGCGUUUCAAAGAUGUUGCAGGCUGCGAGGAGGCCAAAGUGGAGAUCUUAGAGUUUGUCAACUUCCUGAAGAACCCGCUUCAGUACCACAGCCUGGGAGCCAAGAUCCCAAAGGGUGCAGUGUUAUCGGGUCCACCUGGCACUGGGAAAACCUUAUUAGCGAAGGCCACUGCAGGAGAAGCCAACGUCCCCUUCAUCACAGUCAACGGCUCUGAGUUCCAGGAGAUGUUUGUUGGUGUUGGUCCAGCGAGGAUAAGGGAUAUGUUUGCCACAGCUCAGAAAGUUGCCCCUUGCAUCCUUUUUAUUGAUGAGAUCGAUGCAAUUGGGAGGAAGAGAGGCAAUGUGAACGUUGGCGGUCAGAGCGAGCAGGAAAACACCCUCAACCAGCUGCUUGUGGAAAUGGACGGAUUCAGCAGUAGCACUAACAUCAUCGUUUUAGCUGGCACAAAUCGAGCUGAUAUUCUGGAUCCAGCUCUGAUGAGGCCUGGACGCUUUGAUCGACACAUAUACCUGGGGCCACCAGAUUUAAAAGGCAGGGCGUCCAUCUUUAAAGUGCAUUUGAGACCUCUGAAGUUGGACUCCAGUAUUGAUGCCGAUGCUUUGGCCAGGAAGUUAGCUGCACUAACCCCAGGUUUUACUGGGGCUGACAUUGCGAGUGUGUGUAAUGAGGCAGCCCUGAUAGCCGCACGGCACCUCAACCACCAUAUCAACACGAAGCACUUUGAGCAAGCAGUUGAAAGGGUUAUUGGAGGUUUGGAGAAAAAGACUCAGGUGCUGCAGCUUCCAGAGAAGACCACCGUGGCGUAUCAUGAGGCUGGGCAUGCUGUGACUGGCUGGUUCCUUGAACAUGCAGACCCACUACUUAAGGUGUCCAUUGUUCCUAGAGGAAAAGGUUUAGGCUAUGCACAGCAUCUACCGAAGGAACAGUACCUGUUCACCCGCGACCAGCUGUUUGACAGGAUGUGCAUGAUGCUGGGGGGUCGAGUGGCCGAGCAGGUUUUCUUUCGCCGAAUCACCACUGGAGCACAUGAUGACCUCAGGAAAGUCACUCAGUCUGCUUAUGCCCAGGUUGUACAGUUUGGAAUGAAUAAGGCUGUGGGUCAGGUUUCUUUUGACCUCCCUCAGCAGGGCAGUGUUGUAACUGAGAAGCCCUACAGUGAAUCUACGGCCCAGCUUAUAGACCAGGAGGUCCGCGUGCUCAUCGACUCUGCUUUCAAACGAACACUUCAGCUCGUUACUGACAAGAAAGAAAUGGUGGAGAAGGUGGCAAAACAUCUUCUCGAAAAAGAGAUUCUGGACAGGGCUGACAUGGUGGAGCUGCUAGGACCACGUCCCUUUCAAGAAAAGUCUUCAUACGAGGAAUUAACUGAAGGCUUGGGUGAGUUUGAAGAGGAUACCUCACUUCCAGAAGGGUUAAAGAACUGGAACGAGAACAAAGGAGAUGAAAAACAUCCGCAGGGUCGACAGAACAAAUCAGCUUUUUACCUGUAAGGGGACGUGUGCCCUUCAGGUAAAUAUUCCAUUGCAGUCAUUUUUUUUUCUGAAGUGCCGCACCAUCUGGUCCAGACUGCAGCCUGUUUGGGGUCUGAUAGUGGUGCAGCUCACUGGCAGCCUCAACACAAAGGAUGGUGAUGUGUUGCACAGGUCUUUCAUGGCCGAGACAAUGUAAUGUGCACCUUGUUUUUUUAUCGUAGUUUUUACAUGAAAUUGCAGUUUCUAUCUUUUGCUGGAGGUGCCUUGUACAGCUUUUCCUUCCAACACUGAUGCAAUCUUAGAGUGCAAAGACCAGCAAAGCUGCUGCACAUGAUCAGUAUUCAAGGUCUGCACAGGUAGCAAACUGAAAAAAAAAAAAAAAAGAUUUCAAGAAUAUUUGUGUAUUAGCCACAAUGCAGUGCCUGUGUCAGGAGCAUCAACACAAGUUCAGUCUUAUUCUGAGGCUUAUAUUUAUCCAACUUUACUCAGCAUCACUUUUGUAUUACACAUUUUGUGAGUGUGUUUCCAGUGGUAGCCAUAAGUCCACUAUGUUGGUGGCCAAGUGUGUAGUAUGUGUUUUUCAUUUGUGGGGAAACCUGUUUUUUUUUUUCUUUUCUAUUCUUUGCCAGACAUUUAAACUGUCAUAUUACUUUCAGUGUACGGUCACGGUUUCUUUACACCACUGUAAAAAAUGUAGCACAUUUUAAUCCUAUUUCAGUCUUCCUGCAACGCUCAGUCUCACUAAACUGGUGGUCAUUUAUUCAUUAUUAAAGACAGUUCUUUUUAAUUUUGGUCUGUUCACAACUGAGAGCCGUUACAUGUUGGAUCACAUGUACUUGUGGCUGUUUUCUCUUUUCUCAGUGUUUCAUAAUGACAAGAGUCAAUGUUUAUGUACUGUAGAUAUCAAAACUAUCAAAGCUUAGCAGUUACUUUAACACUGGGAACGACAAACAUGAAUCAAAUACAAGCUUAAAAAAAUAUCAAACACUGCUGCAGCGUUUGGUCUAAAAUGGAUUUAAACUUCACUCACACACCUCACGGUCUUAAAAUAUCUUCUGGGCAGGUCAUUGAUCAUUGUCCUUUUAAAAUACUUAACAGAAAUGGGUAAGGACUUGUGUGACAAAGCAUUUGUGUGGCUUUCUCCCUCUCAAUACCUUGAAACUCUUGUUUAUCAUUUAACACGACAAGAAAUUGCAUUUUUCUGGAAAUCUUUUUUGCAAUCAAUUGUUGGUUAUGUUUGUUGAGCCAAGAAAUCUUGACUUUUCAUGUCGCAUUGCCAUUUCAUGUGUUUGAGUAGCGCUCCUCAAAGGGGUUGGCACACACUUAUCUAAAUGUAAAUGGUGUCUAAAAUACUCUGAGUAAAUAGCUUCCCUACAAAGCAGAACUUGAAUUGAUGCUUUGCAUUAUAAGCAGUGUGGAUUCUUUUUAAAUGUUUACUUUUUAAAAUUUUUACUACAAUAACACUUAAAGGGCCCCAACCAGCAUGACAUCUAGAUGAUGACAAAAAUGAAUAAACGGUCAGCAUGCUGGUUGUGUAUUGGUAUAUAUUGUGACUUUGUGCCUGCCUGACAAUGUACUGUUUUUGAUUUAUGAGCAUUUCUUUUUGUACGUCCAUUGAUUUUAUUGAGAUAUGAAGACAAAUGAGACACGAAAUGUGAGGCUGUUGUGGCUCACAACAGCAAUAAACAAUUUUUAUACUCCA